AUGGAUACAGAGAUACCGAGCAUUAGGCUGGAAGAAAGUGGGGUCCUGGAGGGGAGUGUCAUAGCCACCGGUACGUUAAGAAGUCCCAGUUUUAGUGGUGGUGCCAUGGAACGCAGAAGGUCCAACAGUCGUACUUCAAGUGGUAGGAACGUAAAGAGCUCGAAUGAUAUCUCAUCUGCGUCGAAGAUCUUCAGGAACCUGUUGAUCUUAGAGGAUGAUUUGCGACGCCAAGCCCAUCGACAGAAACUACUCAAAUGGCAAUUCACCAUCUUCUUAUCUUGUCUAAUGGGGGUUGCUGGAUUCGCAUUCUACGAGUUAUACUUCACUAAUGGGUCUGUGAAAGGACUCCAGAGAUAUGUGUUCCAAUUCAUCCUAUUGUUCAUCGGUAUCACCGUUGCAUUAUUCCAUCUAGGAGGUGAAUACAGACGAACCAUCGUGAUACCAAGAAAGUUCUUUGCCUCUACGAACAAGGGUAUUCGACAAUUCAAUAUCAAAUUGGUCAAAGUGCAUUCUACGUGGAACGAAAAGUUCACAGAUUUUGUCAGAUUCACCAGUCGAAACGUUGCCCAUUUUAACAUCUAUCUGCUCACCAAAGUUUGCAGAUUAAGCAAAGAGAACGCAUUUGUUGUUUUCUGGACCAGUGUCACAGUACGAUCCCAGCCCCGAAUUGGUGCUGUUGAUGUGAAGUUGGUCCUCAACCCAAGGUCUUUCAGUGCAGAAAUAAGAGAGGGCUGGGAGAUUUACAGAGAUGAAUUUUGGGCCAGAGAAGGUGCAAGAAGACGCAAGCAAACGCAUUGUGAGACUUGA